UUCUCUUUCUGUUUCUUUCUCCUACCAAGAGAGGAAAGAAAGAAAGAACGAAAAAAAACCGUCUUUCCCUAUAAAUAUCUGCUAGGUUUUACGUUUAUCACUGUUCUCAAUUUGUUAUUGCGAAGAUCUCAUCUUCUCAGUUUUGGUUUUAUAUUCCGUUUUUCUCUUCAGAUUUUGAAUAUUCGAUUCGGUUUUCUCUUCUCUUUUGUUACUUCGAUUCAGCUAACAGGGUAAUUGUUGCAAUGGGAAAAAAAAAACAAGAGGAAAGUGGUGCAACUGCAAAAGUUAAGGGAAGCAGCAAAGAUGUGAAAAAAGAGAAACUCUCUGUUUCAGCCAUGCUUGCUAGCAUGGACCAGAAACCUGAUAAAACAAAGAAGGGUGCGUCCUCUUUGACUGCUACUUCUGCUAAACCCAAGGCGAGGGGUCCAAAGGUUUCAUCUUACACCGAUGGGAUUGAUCUCCCACCGUCAGAUGAGGAGGAGGAAGAUUAUGCCUCUGAGGAAGAGCAAACUCAGUCUAACAGGCACCAGAGGCAGAGCUUUAAGCCACUUGAUACCUCCAUAAGCGAAAAGGAACUGAAGAAACGUGAAAAGAAGGAAAUGCUUGCUGCCCAAGUUGCCGAGCAGGCAAAACAGGAGGCCCUUAAAGAUGAUCAUGAUGCUUUCACGGUGGUAAUUGGUAGUAGGGCUUCUGUCCUUGAUGGUGAUGAUGAAGCAGAUGCUAAUGUCAAAGAUAUAACCAUAGAUAAUUUCUCUGUGUCAGCUCGUGGGAAAGAGCUUCUAAAGAAUGCCUCAGUUAAGAUAUCCCAUGGUAAAAGAUAUGGUUUGGUUGGACCAAAUGGGAUGGGAAAGUCUACCUUGUUAAAGCUUCUUGCUUGGAGGAAGAUUCCAGUGCCGAAAAAUAUUGAUGUGCUCUUGGUUGAACAGGAGGUGGUUGGUGAUGAUAGAAGUGCCCUUCAGGCAGUUGUCUCUGCAAAUGAAGAGCUAGUUAGGCUUCGAGAAGAAGUUGCAGUUUUGCAAAAUUCAUCUUCUGCUCCUGGAGGAGGGGAUGGCAGUGAUCUUAAUGGGGAUGAUGCUGGAGAAAGGCUCGCAGAACUGUACGAAAAGUUGCAGAUCUUGGGUUCAGAUGCUGCCGAAGCUCAGGCAUCAAAGAUUCUUGCUGGGUUAGGUUUCACCAAAGAAAUGCAAGGUCGUCCUACUCGGUCAUUUAGUGGUGGCUGGAGGAUGAGAAUAUCAUUGGCUAGGGCACUUUUUGUGCAACCAACACUUUUGUUAUUGGAUGAGCCAACUAACCACCUUGAUCUUAGGGCUGUUCUUUGGUUGGAGGAAUAUCUAUGCCGUUGGAAGAAAACAUUGGUGGUUGUCUCUCAUGACCGAGAUUUUCUUAAUUCAGUUUGCACGGAAAUUAUUCAUCUCCAUGAUUUCAAGCUCCAGUUCUACCGAGGAAACUUUGAUGAUUUUGAAUCAGGGUAUGAACAGCGUCGUAAAGAGAUGAAUAAGAAGUUUGAAAUUUAUGAGAAGCAGGUAAAAGCAGCAAAAAGGUCAGGGAGCCGAGUUCAGCAGGAGAAGGUAAAAGAUCGAGCUAAGUUUGCAGCUGCAAAAGAAGCGGCCAAGAGCAAGGGAAAGGGCAAGAUUGAUGAGGAUGAACCUCCAGCUGAGGCCCCGAAGAAGUGGAGAGAUUACAGUGUGGAGUUCCACUUCCCUGAGCCUACUGAACUAACGCCGCCUCUUUUUCAGAUAAUAAAUGUAAGCUUCAGUUAUCCUAAUCGGAAGGAUUUCAGGCUCUCAGAUGUUGAUUUGGGUAUUGAUAUGGGGACUCGGGUUGCCAUUGUCGGGCCUAAUGGAGCUGGUAAAUCUACUCUUCUGAACCUUAUUGCUGGUGAUCUAGUCCCAACAGAGGGUGAAGUACGAAGGAGUCAGAAGUUGAGGGUUGGGAGGUAUUCACAACACUUUGUAGAUCUACUGACUAUGGAGGAGACACCGGUACAGUAUCUUCUUCGUCUUCAUCCAGAUCAAGAGGGACUUAGCAAGCAGGAGGCUGUCCGGGCAAAACUUGGGAAAUUUGGACUUCCCAGCCAUAAUCACCUCACACCAAUUGCAAAAUUAUCUGGAGGGCAGAAAGCUCGAGUUGUUUUUACUUCAAUUUCCAUGUCAAAACCUCACAUACUGCUUUUGGAUGAACCUACAAACCAUUUGGACAUGCAAAGCAUAGAUGCUCUGGCUGAUGCACUAGACGAGUUUACUGGUGGAGUUGUCCUGGUAAGUCAUGACUCUAGGCUCAUAUCACGGGUAUGUGAGGAUGAAGAAAAGAGUCAAAUUUGGGUAGUAGAAAAUGGGACUGUGACCACAUUUCCUGGUACUUUUGAAGACUACAAAGACGAGCUGCAGAGAGAGAUUAAAGCAGAGGUUGAUGAUUGAUGUGGCAGUUAAUGCGGGCAUUAAGUUUUCCAUUAUAUUUAUAUUUUGUCAUGUAAGUGCACUAAAAUCUGCAAUUUUCUCAAAUUUGUAUUUCUUUUAUAUUUUCCUGGAGAAUAUGUGAGGGUCCACCUGUGUUGCGGAUUUGUUUGAAAUUCAGAGCCUGUUAAUCUAUGAAUUUGGCAGUGUACACUAGGAAAAAUGGAAUGCAAGCGCAGUAUGAGUUAAUAAGUAAUAUGAGUUAUGUUUGAAAUUCA